AUGAAAAUCAAUCCAAGUUUUCUAGUAACGUUAGUCCCAUGACUGGGAUUUUACGGAGAGAGCAAUUUGCUUAAUGUUACUCUUUGAGUAAUUCAGUAUAUGGAUAUGUCAACACAAAAUGAGCAGUGUCAAAAAAAGUUUGUUCUGAAACAAUUCUUAUUUUUCAGUAGUCUGACGUAUCAAAACCGCCAUCCGACACAAUAAACAAGGUUCGGUGCACAAUUAUUCUAGAUUUGCUUUUUUAUUCCGGUUUUGACCGAAUGCCGCUGAAGAGUUAUUUUAAAUUAAAUCUAAACAUUUCUAGUUUCUGAAGCUCCACGAAUCAUUAGAAAUUCAGAACAUGUUUUUUUGUAGGAAAAGAAAUGCAUUUUUGGUAUAUGUUGUGAAUUCCAAAUAUUGAAUUCUCAUCAACUCAAAUUUCAAAUUCUUGACACAGGUUAGUUGCUCAUCAAAAGUGAAAACCCAAAUACUUGAGAGAAUUGUAUCCAAUUACCCCGAUUGAAAAUGGUAUUUAUUGUUGUUGCAUUUUCCUGUUUUUUUUCUCAUCUCAAUUUCUUCAGUUGUUGUUGGCUUUUACUAAUUUGAAUAAAUAAAUUGAGUGUUUUUCUCCCAGUUUCCCUUUUAGCAUCGCCGGUGUUGGUGUUGGUGACCUAAAUCCAUUUGAUGAGCCAAACACAGCGGGAUAUGACAUGAUUUUUUUUCUAUUCUCCGAACAUUAUUCGAGAUUUUUUGUCAUGUUCAUUCACUUCUUCUCGAUUUGGUUGAUAUUACAAGUCUCAGGUAAAGUUUCACACUUUUUAAGAAUGGAGAUUUUUCAAGAAGAUUUUUGAUCUAAUCUGUCCCCUUUGAUGAAAGUUCUGGAACAUAAUUUUUUUGCAGUUGUCAACUCUCAACUGACAAUCGAAGAUUGGUUUUUCCCGGUUUCUGUUGCUCCACCUGCCGAUGUCAAAGAUAAUACAAUUUAUGACGAUGAAGUUAACUCAUCUCCAGAGCCAGAAACAAUCAAUAAAACCAAUCAACAAAUCAAAGAUUAUUAUGAGAAAGAUAAAUGGGAUAAAUGGAACAAUCAGAAGCCAAUUUUGCAACCCGUUUUCAAACAAAAUUCUAUUGAGGAGGAUUUGAAUAUCAAUAAGAGUCCAAGAUUUCUCCCAAAUUCAGGUAAUGUCUUGGAAAAAUAAAAACUGAAAGUGUUGUUCCAAAACUAUGGAAAAUGUAUUGAAUAGCUUUUACCUAAGACUUCAGCUAUGUUUUUUUUUCAUGUUAUCCCAUGUUAUUUUUUUUGAAUAAUACUUUCCAGGUAUCCAAAACUUCAUUCCACAUGUUCUCAAUGAAAAUUUAGGAACUGAUCAAAAAAUCUACAGAACCUGUAAUUAUUAUGUCUAUGACACCAAUCAAUAACACUAUGCAACCAGAAGAGGUAAACCAUAUAAGAAUAAAUUAUGAGAAUUUAUUUGAUUUAGAUCACAAAAAUAAUUGAGACUACAGUUAUGGCGACUACUAGUGAAAUCAUAACCACAACUCUACCAACAACCACUACAAAUUCAAACAGUAUCGCGAUUCAAAAAGAUUAUGAGUUCAAAAAAAUGCGCAAGGAUAUUUUCCGUCUUCGAAAUGAGAUGAACCUUGUAAAAGCGCUGCUCAACAAACUCUACAAACGUUCAUACAAAAAACAUCGAGAUUUUAUCCCCAAGAAAAUGCACGACUCAGAAGUUAAUCGAAAUCAUGAUAGUAAUGAUGAUAAGUGGAUUGUGGUUGAUGGAAAAUUGAGACGACAAAAACAUUGA